AUGUCAUUUACAUCCACCACCAAGCGUAUCCCGAUGCAAGACAAUGUCCAUCUCCAUGUCGAGCAAUCAUUUCCUCCAGCACAACGUCAAGGCUAUCCAACUAUUAUCUUUCUACAUUUCUGGGGAGGAUCUUCCAAAACAUGGUCACCCGUCAAUGAUUUAAUCGCACCGACCUUCCCAACUGCCCGGCUUGACUUUCGCGGAUGGGGCAAAUCAGCUGGACCUGCAGAUGAGACAGAAUACUCGAUUCUCCAAUUAGCCCGAGACGUUGAACGGGUCAUUGAACGACUGGAACUGCAGGAAUUUAUCAUCGUCGGGCAUUCUAUGGGUGCAAAGGUAGCGCAAGCCGUUGCUGGUCGGAAGUGUGUUGGUGGGCUUGCAGGUUUAGUCCUGCUCUGUCCGGCGCCGCCAACACCAUUGAUCCUGCCUGAAGAGAUGCGCAACCAACAAAUAAGCGCCUACGAUAACGCACAGAACGCCGAGUUUGUUGUUCGCAACGUUCUCACUGCAAAGCCCCUGCCCGACGUCGCCGUCAAGAAAAUUGUGGAGGAUAUGUUGAAGGGAAAUCCGGCUGCUAGAGUAGCGUGGCCACGACAUGCCAUGAGUGAAAAUAUACUAGGGAUAGCCAAGGGGAUCUCCAUUCCGUCAAUUGUUAUCGCUGGAGGCAAGGAUCAAGUUGAACCGGUGGCUCGUGUCAAGUCUGAGGUCUCUGGUAACAUUUCCGUCACCAAGUUCCUCGUGCUGGAAGAAGUUGGACAUCUGGCCCUACUAGAGGCACCGGAGGAAGUCGCGGAGAUCAUAAGUGACUUUGUGUCACGUCGCAUUUAA